UAAUAUUAUAAAAUGUUCAAUAAGAGAUUCUUUUUCUCACUGUGCACUCUUCCUGUAGCCAUCCUCUGUCACGAGUCUUCUGAAUACCAAGGUAGAAGGAAGAAGACUAAGGAAAUUGAAGCCCAGAGGAGACUUGAUAGACUCAAUUCAGAGCCUAUUGAUAUGACCCCUCAAGAUGGAAAGUUUGCAUUCUCCGGCAUGAAUGCUGACGAGAUCGAGGAUAAGUACGGCUUCAAGAAAGUUAAGGUCAAAGGCAUUAUUGAUUUUGAUCAAGAGACUAAGGUCAAGGGUAUUUAUAGAGGUGAAGAAGGAUACUUCAUUUUCAACCCACUCUACACACACGUUAAUGAAAAGAAAGAAGGAUGUGGAAUCAUGGUCAACAGAGGAUUUGUAAGUGAGGAUCUCACGAUUUUCAGAGACCGUCGUCUUGCUCAAAAUACUGGAGAGUUCGAGGGUAUUAUUUACCCAGGAGAUAAAUGGAAUAAAUAUGAUUUUAUACCAAAUAGUCCUAAUCAUAAAAAGUUCACAAAGGCUGUUCCAUCCCAUCUUUCUUUGAUGGCACAUCUGAAGAAUAGAGAAGACUCUGAUAGAGCCAUGCUUAUGCUAGUUGAGUUCGAUGAUGAAGCUCAGCAACUGACUCCAAGUGCUCCAAGAGUGAAAGACUUGACUGAAUGGAAGAAUACCCCUGAAAGACAUGCUACCUACCAAUCAUUCUGGAAGUAUACUACCUAUUUCAACCUGUUCGCAAACACUAUGUUCUGGUUAUAUUUCUAAGAAGGUUCGCUUUGCAAUUUGUCAGGAAUAAUAAGUUAAAGAGCUGAGUAUAUUUCUAUCAAUAAAUA